GGAUAUUGUAUGAACGCUAAAGUUCAAACGGUAGCGUUGCAAUGGUCCGCAAAUUAAAGUAUCACGAACGAAAAUUACUAAAGAAGGUCGACUUUAUUAACUGGGAAUGUGACAAUAACUUACAUGAAGUUAAAAUUAUGCGACUGUUUCACGUGCAAAAACGCGAAGACUACACACUUUACAAUAAACUCUCUCGAAAAAUCAGAGAAAUUGCAGAAAAACUUAAGAAUAUCGAUGAAAACGAUCCUUGGAGGGCAGAAAUGACUGAACUACUGACAGCAAAGUUACACAACUUAGGUUUGAUACCAACAAGAAGAAGUCUUAUGUUAGCGUCGAAAGUCAAUGCCUCUUCAUUUUGUCGAAGACGGCUUCCAGUUAUUGUAAUGCGUUCAAAAAUGGCAGAAACAAUGAAAGCAGCUGUGACGUUUGUUGAGCAAGGACAUGUUCGUGUGGGCCCAGAUAUCAUACGAGACCCAGCAUAUCUGGUUACAAGAUCUAUGGAAGACUAUAUAACUUGGGGAUCUCGAUCGAAAAUUCGUAAACGAAUUGAGGAUUAUAAUGGAUUGCGAGAUGAUUAUGAUGAUGUGUGACAAAUUGUGAGUAUAUAAUACUAUACAUAAAUCAUUGACUACAAGUUAUAUAUUUUCUUGGAAUAUAUAAUUGAAAUUACUCCUUCGAA